AUGAAGGAUACUUCUGAUAACUCACCUAUCGACCAGGCGUUGACAGCAUUGGAUAGCUAUGUGCUAUUAGGCAAAUCUGGACUUCGAGUCAGUCCCUUAUCACUUGGGACGAUGACCUUUGGAGACAAAUGGGGUUUCGGUAACAAUAAGGAGACAUGUAGGAAGAUAUUUGAUACUUACUACGAAAGAGGAGGCAAUUUUUUUGACACUGCCAAUGUCUACAUGAACGGUGAUUCCGAGAGAUUCUUGGGAGAAUAUAUCUCUAGCAAGAGGAGCGGGUGCGUGAUCGCUACAAAGUAUUCAAUUAAUGCAGCGUCGCUCGAUGCUAUUAUGGGUCGAGGCCAAUUUAAUCAUCCUAAUCCUAAUGCCGGUGGCAAUCAUCGCAAAAAUUUAGUAGAAACCUUGGAUGGUAGCUUGAAGCGUAUGGGAAUGGGCUACGUGGAUAUUCUCUAUGUUCAUCUCUGGGAGUAUAGAACCCCCAUUUACGAAGUCAUGCGGGCCUUGGACGAUGUUAUCCGUGCUGGAAAGGCUCUCUAUGUUGCCGUGAGCGACACUCCCAGCUGGGUGGUUCCUUCUGCCAACACCAUGGCCGAUCUACGCGGAUUGACACCGUUCAUUGGCUUCCAAACACGCUAUAAUCUUUUAAACCGUUCCCUCGAGUCCGAUAUCCAACCCAUGUGUGCGGAUAUGGGUAUUGGGAUUGUUCCUUGGUCUAUCUUAGCUGAAGGGUUCCUCACUGGAAAGCACUUGCGCGAACAGAUAAACAAGGACAGUAAGCGCGAAGGUCAAGUGGACAUUCACUUCAAACACGACAGAAACUGGAGAAUCUUGGACGAGGUCAAGGCCAUCGCCCAAGAAUGUAACAGAACACCCGCACAAGUGGCAGUGAACUGGAUAUUGCAAAAACCUGGUAUCACGUCACCCUUGAUCGGCGCUCGUACCUUGGAGCAGUUGAAAGAUAACCUGAAUGCAUUGGAGUUCACAUUGAAGCCAUCCCAGAUGGCUCGGCUUGAUUCUGUCAGCAACCCCAAGCAGUUGCCGUUCCCUCAAGAUCUGGUUAAGGACCUAGAUACAUUUAUCGGUAUUGGAGUCGAUAUCGAGGUGCCUAGACAGUUUCAAGCUUUGUUUAAUCUUCGUACAAGUAAAAUGUAG